AUGUUGGAUGAAGAAGACACCUUUCACGCCACGCGUGAAGGGUUUAACCAUUUGAGUGACAUCGAAUGGGGUGCGGUAGAACGAAUGAGUUCUACCGUAGGCGAGUUCGUUAUUAGCGCCAUGUUGAAGUCUCUAGACAGAGACCAACAACAUGCCGCUAUUGCCAAGUUCAUUCAGAAUGAACUUGCUCUCGAGAGGGAGAAAGUAGCCUUGCUUCACCAGCAAGGCUCUCAACAGGCCGAGCAGUUGAGAGAACUCGGUGCUCAACAGACGGAGCUGUUGAGACAGCAGCAAUUCCAUGCUGCUGUGGGCGGGACGGCGCAUGCGCGUCGUCCCGAAGUCAUGAAAGUUGACACCUCCAAGUACAGUGGGGUCCCGGAGGACUCCCUGUUACUAUGGUUUGUCGAACUCGACCGAGCCCUUAGGGCUCGAUGCGUCGAAGAUGAGCAAAUGAAACUCACAUUUGCUCAGACCCACAUGGCAGGGCGUGCCAAAACUUGGUCCCUGGGGCUCGAGAGUAGCGACCCACAUGUGUUUGGGUCGCUAGAGGACUUCAAGUCCCGGCUCAGACAAACGUUUGAGCCGCCACGGGCUGAGUUCAGGGCUCGUUCAGAGCUCUUGAAACUCAAGCAGGGUAAGCGUGAUGUGCACGCUUACGCACAACAUAUACGACUCCUUGCGAGUAGUAUAACUGCCAACCCAGUUCAUGAACACACGUUGAUUACGGUGUUCAUGCAAGGGCUCGCAGAAGGGCCCGUCAGGAGCCAUCUGUUCCGCCUUGAGCUGAAUACGCUGGAAGAUGCGAUAUCAGCCGCGGAACAGGAAGACUUUAGCAUGAGACAGGCUCAUGCUAGCUCAAACUCUUAUCGUUCACCGAGACGACAAGAGAUCGGAGGUCCAGAACCAAUGGACCUCUGCUAUAAACCUGUUGCCCCCAAGGGGCAACAUGAAAAUCCUAGGUCGACUGGAGAGUCGACCGUAGAGGAUCGGUUCCUGACUGUGGUUGCACAGCCACAGUCGGAAGACGUCGAGGGAAUAAGUCCCCACGUACUUGAGGAAGGAAUUCCUCAAGAGUCGCUUGCUGAGGGAUUAGGCCCUCAGCAACCUGUGGAAGAAAGUUCCCAGGAAGAAACCGAGACGUUGAACGUCUUGGUUAAUGACGGAUCAAGCGUAGGCGCUUAUACGCUUGAUCUGAUUGUGCCUCCGAAGUUGACUUCGGAGAUAACUCAGUUGCCAACGCUAGAACCGAAACGGUUCUGGCGUGAUCUGCGUAGUGGCAAAGUCAAGCAGAUCUGCAUACUCGUCACAGAGGAUGAGUAUGUGACUGACAUUCGGUCGGCAACAGUAUUUGCUGAGAACGAACGGGUUCUCAGCAGCUCAUCGAUGGACGAAAGUGUCCGCGAUGAGAAGACUCGGAUUAGCCGAUACGCUUCCCAAUCCUGGGAGUCACUUCAGGCAAAUCCUUUGUAUAAGGAUUUGAUCGAAUUCAGGGAUGUGUUCCCUGAAUCCGUACCUUGCGAGUUGCCUAAGGACAAAGGCACUCGACACGAGAUCGAGCUCAAACCGGGCUCGAAAUACUGUGUCAUGAAGCAGUGGCCACUGCCUCGUGAAAAAGUACUAGCGAUCGACAAGUUCUUUACCGAUCGCUUGGCAGCGGGCCAUGUGAGGGAAUCAACAUCCCCUCACAGCUCUCCGACCUUCUGUGUGCGAAAGGCCACAGGAGGGUGGCGGAUAGUGCACGCAUUCAACAAGUUGAAUACUGCAACGGUACCGGCUUAG